AUGAUGGCCUUAUUGGUUCCCCUGCUGAAUAUGACUGUUCCUAAGAACGAAACGAAAGUGAGCCUUCCAUCUGACGAACACGAUCAAGGAACAGAAGUAAGAUACAGUAUAGCUAAGGAUGAUGAGAUCAAGGUAAGCAGAGGUUCUGCUCUUUAAGCUCGUUCUACCACAAUAUAAAUAACCUUAAAAGAUUGCGUUCGUCUCAGAGAGCCUUAGGCUCUUGCAUUAAGGGGAAACUUGGAUAAUGAGUUUGAAUUUGCACCAUUAAUUCCUCCCUACUUAAAUGCCUGUGCUCAGGUCACAGAGAAGAGUGAACGAUAAGACCUCUUUGUUAUGCCUGCGACUCUCCCUCUCCAAGUUGAUCUUGGUAGAAGCCUUUGAGAAAAGACGUGUAAAUGUAUAAAAGACGUGAAAAUGUAUAAAUGGGCAGUGUCCUCAGUUUUUUAAGAACUAUUUGACUUUCAAUAAGCAUUUAUAUAGCCGUGAUACUCACCAAAAAAAUUUAAUCCAUCUAUCUUCGGUACGGACAGAAAUUGCAAAACGAUCGUUUUAUUACUAUGGAUCCAUAGUUUAUAACUCAUCAAAGUAGAGUAAUUUUUAUAUACAUAAUUUUAAAUUUAGAAAUCUAAAGCCUUAUAAAUGUGUUUUAUAUCUUCAUGUUUGUAUUUCGCAUGAAAUUGUAAUGUAUUUUAUUUAGUUUAUACUCAGGACUCCCAUUGAUAGCGUGCAGGUGGCUCUUUAGGGCUUCUGACGGGGCUACCCUGAGGUUUAUUUUUAUUUUUAAAUAAAGGCAUUCAUCCGUCGACGCGCGGAAUUUGUAGUGACUAUAUUGUGCGCAUUACCGAUGCACACAAAUAAUGAUGAUAAUAAUAAUAAUAAUGAUAAUAAUAAUAAUAUAAUAGUAAGAAUAGUGAUAAUAGUUAUGAUUUUAAAAAAAUGGAGGGAACUCCCAACCAAGCUUCUUACCAAGGUCUGUGUGCGUUCUCUCUUUGAUUAAUGUAAGACCCUCUUACGACCGUGACGUUACCUUGUGAGAGAUGCAAGUUAACGUAUGCGCCAAAGUCCCUAAUCACGGAUCUAAGCCAACAAUAACCACUAACAAUCUGCACAUAAUUUCUAUAGAUAACGGACGGUGAAAUCAGCAGCCCAAAUUGCGUCGAAGGAUUGUCAAACCCAGCUCUUCAGAGGCAAAGUAGUAAUAUAACACUUAAAGAGGCAAAAGUUCUAGAGAUAGCUAGCGAACCAACUCUACAGAAAGGCCCUUUGCGCAUAACCCCGUCGAGGAUCAAGGAAAAUACACUGAAUUUGCAUCGCCUUCGGGAAAUCAACAAAGUUCAGAAACGCCUAAAACGCGAAUUAUCAGAACGCCAGGAAACUUGCUUUAGUAAGGAGAAUGAAAUGGGGCGAAAAGGAAUUAAAAUAUUCGCAAGCGGCUCCAUGAAAGGUUCUGAAAGCCCUUUAAAUUCCCCGCCUGUCAAAAAGUCUCGUCAAGCACCAAUUAAGGAAAAAUCAGAAAGUGAAGAAAGCAUGGCCGACUUACUGUCAGAUGAGAAUCGUUCAAAGUUAAAUCCAGAGAUUAAAGCACAAAAGUCUUUGGGAGAAACCCUCAGCUCCGAAAACCUAAAAAAAGACGUGCCAAGAGAUGAUUUUAGGAUGAAUGUGUUCGAGAAAUUGGCUCUAUUGAGUGAGAAAAGGAGGUGUGAAGAUUCAACUUCGAGGAGCUCUUCGCUACACGAUAGCGAUUCGCAAAGUUCUGACAAAGUCAAGGUUAAAAUAACCCACGAAAGAAGUAAAGAUACAAUCAUCGAAAGGGAAGACGAACUCCAUACUUUUCGAUCUAAUUCUAAACGGUCGGCAGCCUUGGGAAACGACGGGGAGUCAAAUGAAAAGAUCGACAUUUUGGUUAUGUCGGAUCAGAACGAGUCUGACAGACACUGCAACCGCAAGAACCAUCCCAAACAAUUGGUCGUCUGCUUACAUUUACGAAAAUCUGGACAGCAAGAACAGUUUUUAUUUGUCAAAGCGAAAGUAUGGUGGAGAAGUGAGUGGUGA